UUUUCUCCAUUUUCGCCUUCAAGCUUUAACUUCUCCUCAUCCUCUGCUUCAAUUUCCGUUCAUUCUUCUCUCUUCCGCCUCUGAGCUUAGAUCUCUACAACAAAUUCUCCAUACUCGCGCCUCCAAGUUCGAGUUCAAUCGCUUCAAGUGGAGCUUGCUUUUCUGCAAUGGCAUUUUUAGAAAUUGAUCGUUUGUUAAGUGGAUAGAGCCAUGACUAUGGAGCUUUUCAAAAUUCAACCAGGCGAACUCAAAUUUACUUUUGAGUUGAAGAAGCAAAGUUCAUGCUUGAUACAUCUUAUCAAUAAGUCUGAUCAAUUUAUUGCUUUCAAGGUAAAAACUACAUCUCCCAAGAAGUACUGUGUGCGACCCAAUACUGGCAUCAUUAAGCCCAAAGAUACGUGUGAUUUCACAGUCACCAUGCUAGCUCAGCGUGCAGCCCCACCUGAUAUGCAAUGUAAGGACAAGUUCCUGGUCCAAGGCACGGUCAUCCUCCCUGGAACAUCUGAAGAGGACAUCACAUCUGACGUGUUUGCAAAGGAUAGCAGCAAGCACAUUGAAGAGAAGAAGCUGAAGGUUUUUCUAGUAAGUGCAACACCACCUCCGGUUUUGUUACCAAUUAACGGAGAGUUGAAACAAGAUUCAAGUCAUGAAAUCUCCAUGCCAAAAGAUAGAAUGCAGAAUGGAGUUGAAAACAUACCUCCUAAUGAGGUUGCAAAAGAUGCCAAUGGACUUGAUACCUGUGAACACAUAGUUGAACUUAGACCAGUUGACCCUGUACAGUUAUCUCCACCUUAUAAGAAUCCUCGUGCUUGUGGCUUAAUAUUGCAUGGAAAGCUACAUAAGGUUGCUGAGGGAGUUGAGAAAGUUGAUGCUUGUAGAGAUUCAGAUGAGAACAGAGCAGCCGAGGAUGUUGCAAUGGAACAAAAUGAGGGUGUGGUAGCGGAACCAAUUGACAAUAUUGAAACAACACCAGACAGGGAAACUGAGGAAUUGAAACCAGUGAAGGAUGUGCCAGAGUUGAACUUAACUAAAGACUUUGAAGAACUGAAAUCAAAGUUAAUUAUCAUGGAUGCAGAACUACUAGAGGCUGAAGCUACCAUUAUGAGGCUGAAACAGGAGAGGAUGGUAACCACUCAAGAAAGGGAAAUGCUUAAGCGUGACUUGGAGACACUCAGAAAAACUGGCCAAAGAAGUAUCCAAGUAGGCUUCCCCUUGAUGUAUGUUGUGAUGGUUGCUUUCCUCAGUCUUGUUGUUGGAUACUUUAUCCAUCCCUAGCAGAAGCAGAACAAAGCAGUGGGGCCCCAUUAGGUACUUUUGAAUAUCUGUUCUUUUUAGACUAUGGACUUGGCUGCUGUAUAUGACUUGGUGUGUGCUUUUCUAUAAUCAUAUGUAAAGCAUUUUUUUUAGAAUCUAUAUUAGAAAUAAGGAGAAGAGUCUAUAAGAGCUAUAGAUACGAAUGUCUAACCAAUUGAUCUGCUCGGGUCUGACAUGUACAAAGAUGUUGAGUCUUUCUUAUUUCUUCUUUUUGGGUGUUUUGGUAUUCUAUUUCUAUCUCGAAUGUCCAAUGUAGGCCGAACGAAAAAAUAAAAAUACUUGGGAAGAAAAUAAGAUAUAUGUAUGAUAUUGGAGAAACUUAGCAUUUGCAUUUACAACUUA